AUGGCCGUCUCGACCAGCAUCGUUGCCGAGAGCGGUCCCGAAGAGCGCAUACCGCAGGCUCUUUCCAAAAAGCACGACGAACCCCUUGCAAAUGCCCACGAGCCUCCUCCGCAGCGGCAGUACCGUGGCUGGCGUUUCUGGGCUGUUUUUCCAGGCCUCUGCUUUGCCAUCCUUCUUGCGGCCCUGGACACCUCUGUUCUUGCCACUGCUCUCCCGACUAUCGUCGACCAGCUGCACUCCGGCUCACUUUAUAUAUGGACAAUCAACGGGUAUUUUCUGGCCGUGGCUGCGGUGCAGCCUAUCGCCGGCCAAGCGAUUGUGCAGGGACUCGGGGGCGGAGGCAUCUUCGUAAUGGUGGAUAUCAUCGCGGCUGAUUUGGUAGCCCUCCGGGAGCGACAGAAGUUCAUGAGUAUCAUCAUGGGCACCUUUGCCCUGGGCACAUUUAUCGGACCGGUGCUGGGAGGCGCCAUCGUCACCAAAACGACAUGGCGGUGGGUCUUUUACAUCAAUCUCCCAGUGGCGGGGAUUGCGCUGGUCCUCGUUACUCUGUUUCUAAGGGUCAAAUGGAACCGAGAAGGCACUCUCAAGAAUCGACUCGCUCGGGUGGAUUUCUCCGGGAAUAUGAUUCUCUCUGCGGCGAUCGUGGCCAUCCUGAUUGCCCUCACCUGGGGAGGAACAACGUAUACCUGGAGCUCGUGGCACACCCUCGUCCCUCUCCUGGUCGGCGCUCUCGGCCUUGUCUUGUUCGGUCUGCAUCAGGAAUAUGUCGCCCGCGAGCCGACGAUGCCGCAUCGCGUGUACAGCAACACCACUUCUCUCGUGGCCUACAUCCUCACCUUCCUCCACGGAAUUAUCAUGUCCUGGCUCUCCUUCUUCCUGCCGAUCUACUUCCAAGUGAUGCUGCGUGCCAGUCCCAUGAGGUCCGGGGUAGAUAUCCUCGCCAUCGUGAUCCCUCUCAUGCCAGCCGGCAUCGUGGGUGGCCUCAUGGUCGCCAUGACCGGCCGGUACAAGCCCACCAUCAUCCUCGGCUACAGUCUGAUUUCCGUCGGAGUGGGUCUCCUGACGCUCCUAACCGACAAGUCGAGUACAGCGACAUGGGUCAUUUUCCAAAUCAUCACGGGAAUCGGCGGCGGGCUGUCCCUCACCUCCACGCUCCCGGCAGUGCAGGCUCCGCUGCCGGAGAAGGACGUCGCCAUCGCCACCGCGAGCUGGGCAUUCGUGCGGAGUUUUGGUGCCAUCUGGGGCGCGGCCAUCCCCGCGGCCGUGUUCAACUCCAAGUUCGACAGUCAGCUGUCCCACAUCAGCGAUGAGGCCACCCGCACUCUCCUGGCUCGUGGAGGGGCAUAUGAGCAUGCCACCAAGCUUUUCAUUGAAGCCUUCGACAAUAAUCCCGCCCUGCAGCACGAGAUCCUAGAUGUCUAUCAGUCAUGUUUGAAGCUGGUUUGGCAGGUCUUGCUGGCGUUUUCCCUCGCGGCGUUUCCCCUUGCUGUAUGCAUUCCGCAAGUAGAGCUGCGCAAGGAAUUAGUGACGGAGUUUGGACUGGACGAGAAAGAUGGUGAAAAGAAGAGACGAGAAGCCAUCGAGCACGAAACGGCAGUAGAACUGGGAAAUCGAAGCACUCACAGGGACGACUAAACUCGUUAGCGUCGUGGCAAAAGCCAAGCCACACGGGCGAUAUAUAUAUCAACUAUAUACCGUGUUUAAUGUACAUUAGAUGACACAAAUAUACUCUCCUCUUUCCAGCAAGUUCCUGAAUGCUGCUUUUUCCACACCUAUGAACCUCGUAAGCAAAUAAUAUG